AUGGAAGGACUGGAAUCAUCAGGCCCGAUGACCAGCAACAGCUCGGAUCCGUUGUUAUCAGCCACGUUACCAAGUUCGUCACCCCCGCAACCGGAUAACUACCGGAAUCAUAUCCACGACGAUAGUUAUUCGGGCCAUGGCCGUAGUAGCCCUCAUAGUCAAACCGCUGGAGCAACAACGGCAUUCAACCAGUACACCACGCUGACACCCCUUCAACCACUUCCGCCUAUUUCAACAGUUACUAAUUCGUCUGUCAAAUUUAACCGUUCCACGGCAAGUCCUGCAGUAAGUGAAUCAGCCUCAGGGGCUCCCUCUAGUAGUAGCUUGUUUUUCCAGCAAGCUCCAACAAGUUCCAUACCAAGUUCUUUGAAUUUCGGUUCAUUUGCAUAUAAUGUAAACAUUAAAUAUGUCUAUGAUAUGAAAAAUGAACCGGAUACGGAAGAUGGUCAACCUGCUGAUUCGAACAGUGAUAGUAGGAAUGAAUACACUACACCGGUUACCUUACACCAGCAGCUUCAUCAAUUGACUGAACCAUUUUCGCCUUCCCAAUCACCGUAUGUACCAUCGUAUAGUGGUGUCCUGGAACCGAAACAGGAAAAAUUGGAUUUUAUCAGUUCAACCUCAUACAAUACUUUUAACGGUCCAAGCGAUAUCUUGGAUACAGAAACUAUGGAAACCGUCAAAAGGAACGGUUCCUCACCAUUACAAGCUGAUACAAUAUCGCAUGCCGGAUCACCGGAUUCCGGGAGCGAUAUGGAUGAGCUAAAUACGAAAGAUCUUGCACAAAGGAUUUCUGCUGAACUUAAACGAUAUUCAAUUCCCCAAGCAAUCUUUGCGCAACGUGUUUUAUGCAGAUCACAGGGGACGCUUUCGGAUUUACUGAGAAAUCCAAAACCAUGGUCUAAGCUUAAGAGUGGUCGUGAAACAUUCAGACGUAUGGCGAAGUGGUUACAAGAACCGGAAUUCCAACGAAUGUCCGCUUUACGCUUGGCUGCAUGUAAACGGAAAGAUGAACAACAAAUUAAUGGUGCAUCACAAUCAGCAACACCAAAAAAACCACGCUUAGUGUUCACCGAUAUUCAAAGACGUACAUUGCAGGCAAUAUUCAAGGAAACCAAGCGGCCAUCACGGGAAAUGCAAUUAACAAUAUCACAACAACUACAGUUGGAUCCCACAACAGUUGCGAAUUUUUUCAUGAAUGCCCGUCGUCGUGGUCAUGAUCGUAGUAGGCAAGAGGAAGAGCAACAAGAACAACAAGACCAACAACAACAACAACAGCAACAACAACAACAGCAACAACAACAACAACCACAACAACAGCAAUUACAACAAUCACAAGGACGACAGCAAGAGCAACAGCAACAACCAGAGCAACAACAAGAAGUGGUACUUAAUUCGAAUACAAGUAGUGAAACAAUUCUCGGUCCCAUACCACCUCCACCUGUUUUUGAACAGUUAUGA